AUGGACCAGCUGGAGCUCCGUGUUUAUGGUGCUGGUAUUCGGCCCCUGCUUGUGCAACUGGGAUACCUCAGGUCAGUGUCAUUGGCGUCCAAGGGGCACCUUCCAAAGCCUGAGGGCCUUAGCGACAGUUGGGCUGAUUUUGCAGUGCUGCUGCAGUUCUUCGAAUGCGAGGACUCGGGGGACAUGGACUUGCGAACUGAAUGCGUGCUUCUAAGCGGCGACGUGGACGCUCGGACUGCACGAUCCGGGCCGAGGGCAGCUGUGAAUGAGGCACGACUCUUGUGCCGCUCUUUGCAGCAGCUGCAGAAGUUCGGUGUCCCCUUCGAGCCCAAGGAGGAGUUGCCAGAGUGGGUCGCAUUGCGAGCCAGAGCUGCCUAUGCAGCGCUUAGCUCUGAGGAUGUGGCCUUGGCCUUGAAAAAGUGGCUGCUUGGCCUACUGAGGCGGGAAACUUCCACACCAGUCGAAGUGGGCAGCUGUGCAGGACUGUCCCUCAGAUCGCUUGUGGAGGAUGCUACGCAAGCCUUGUGGGAAGCUUUCUACUCCCCGGCUGUGCUGGGGCGGAAACCAGAUCCUACUUUAGCUGCAGGCUGGGACGCUCCACUGCAGGGAGGCAACGAGGAUCGCCUCGAGGCGGAAGCUCAGCUCACGGAGAAGUGGCGCAAGAUCCUGGGAAGCCGACAGGCCCCAGAGUUGACUCGCCAAGAGGUGCGAGGCCUUUUCGUGCUGGGCGACCGCAUCCCGUGGCAAUACAGGCUGGUGCUCUGGGCUGCUUGGCUGGGUGCACAGGAUGAGGACAGCCAGCCUCUGGAUGAAGGCCGCUACGGUGCCCGGGAAUGUUGCCGAAGGCAAAUUGAAAAGGAUGUGCCGAGGACCAGGCCGGGCGAUUUUGACGAGAAGCAGCGAGCUGCACUGGGGCGUGUCCUGUUGGCCUACUCUGUGCUCCGCCCCAAGGUGGGCUACUGCCAGGGCCUCAACUUCAUUGUAGCGGUGCAGCUGCUGGUGGGUCUGACAGAGAAGCAAGCUCUUUGUGGCCUCUGCCGUUUGACCGACCCUGGAAUAUCAGGAUACUAUGAGGAGUCGAUGCGGGGGCUUUUGCGAGACAUCGCCGUGCUAGAUGCUCUCCUGUUGCUGCUCCUCCCGAAGAUCCAUGCGCGCUUCGCAGAGGUGGACUUGCCACUUCUGUGGAUUGCCGCGGAGCCUUUGCUGACGCUUUUCUCCCGGGAGCUCAGGACCAUCGAAAGCGUGUGUAGAUUGUGGGAUUUUUUCCUCAUUGAAGGCAAAUGUGCUUUGGCUGAGGUUUUUCUCGCCUAUGCUGAGCUGGCACAAGAGCGGAAUUUGCUCACGGGUGCAGCAGAGGACACGCUUGGCGCUUUCAGGCUGCUGCUCGGAGAUGCUGGUGCAAUUGCAGGGAGCAUUUUGCGGCGGGCUGCACUUUUCCUGGCGCCUCGGCCCUUCGGCGGCGGCCUCAAUGAUACGCUGCUGACGCGGCUGCGCCAGGCGGGAGGGCCCUGA